UUCAAAUAGAACGCGAAGGGACUGACAGAGCUUGUAAAAAAAGCUCUUAUUCAAAGAGGCUUUCGCUUUCGUCCAACACCCAGAAGGAAAUGGCGGAAGUUGCAAGGAACCAUUCGUCGUUACCAUUUGGUUAUGACGAAGCGUUUGUGAAUCCAGUGGAUGAAGAUUUCCUCUGCCCAAUAUGUCAGAUGCCUGCAAAGGAACCGAUUCAAACCAGUUGUGGCCAUAGAUUUUGCGAAGAAUGCAUUAAUGAAUAUCUACAGAGGAACGAACGACCAGGGCAGUAUUGUACUUGUCCCGUAGACAGGGAGACGGUGUUGCACAAGGAAAACAUUUUUCCCGACAUAGCAACGAAACGGAAGAUUUUAUCCCUGCGCAUAAAGUGUCGUAAUGACGGUUGUCCAUGGACAGAUGAACUAAGAGAGAAAGAGAAUCAUUUGAAGUCCUGCAAGUUUGAAGUCGUUCGCUGUAAUCACGAAAACUGUCAGGCGAUGGUUAUAAGUAAAGAUCUGGAAUUACACCGCACAAGGGAUUGCCCAUGGCGGGUGAUUAAUUGUUCCUAUUGCCAAGAACCGUACGCAGUUUGCCAGGAGAAGGAUCAUUAUAACCAUUGUAAAAGAUUUCCCACUCUUUGUGACUGUGGAGCUGUAGUUUCCAGAGAAAUGAUUCAAGAUCACACUGAAAACUACUGUCCGAAAGUCCCAAUCCCAUGCCCGUAUGAUGAGAUUGGCUGCAAAACAAAGGUGCCGCGAGAAAAACGCGAGUUACACCUUCAGUCUGCCACUGGACAGCACAUUAAGUUAGUUAAAGAAGGUCUUCAGGAACAAGUCAAUGACCUAAAAAAGAAAAACGAAGAGAGAUGUGAAGGGCUUCAAAACAAGGUAAAUACCUUUGAGAGGCAACUUGAAAAAGAAGUCCAAAUGCUGAAGGUGGAAUUAAAGAACUUAGAUGCAGCUUUUGAAGAAAAAAAUACUGAUAUAAGGAAAGAAUUUAAAAAUGAAAUGAAUGCCCUUCGAAGACAACACGACGAGGAAGUCAGAGUUCUUAAGGAAGAACGUGAGAGGGAAGUAGAUGCCCUUCAGAAGGAUCUUGCAGCCUGUAAAAAGAAAGUCGAUACCCUUGAAAACGUGGUCAACACCAGUCGAAACGAGCGGGCGGCUAACGAAGAGGGAGCCAACAACCAAAUCAGAGAACUUGAGGAGAGGGUCGCAAAGAUCGAGAAAAUAUUAAUAUUUGGGGGUGUGGGGGCAACUGGGGUAGCUAUUAUUUUUGCCUUUGUGAAAUUUUUUGCCCGAGUGGUGGGUUAAUAAGUUCACUUAGAUCAGAAACCCUGUUUGCCUGCGGUUUCCUGUAUUUCGGGUACACGUUUCUUUAGUUUCUUUAGUUUAACUUGUGUUUGUUCUAAUACUCCGUGACCUACUAAUUACUACACGUCCAACCUUUUUAUUAGUUUCCACUAAGAUUGAUAAGCAUGGUUCGGCAAACGACCAGCUGAAAUUAUGCCCAUCGUUAUUAACUCAUUACGCCGUAACAUUUUGGACCGGGGAAUGGGUUUCCCUAGCGGUUUUUUUACGAGCUGGUCUUUACGAAAAAUAUCAAAUUUUAUCAUCUGGGAAAAUGUAAAACACGGCGGGGGAAUUGUGGAGGACAACGUAUUAACCGGAAGUAGCUCUCAAACAAAUGUCAAACUGAGCUUCCUCCCAAUCUCUAAUGGAAAAGCCCUGGUAACAAGGUUGGCUAGCGUUGUAACGCAACAGGACCGAUGUUUGAGAAUUUUAAUGUAAAUACCGAGCAUUCGAGGUUGAUAACUAGUUUAUUAUAUGGCAUAUGCUUGGCCAAAGAUGACUGACGAGGAAGUGGUCAAAUCACAUCCGGCGAUGCACCCGGAGGAGGGGGACUAACGUAUGAGAUGCCCGGGGAUGCUAGCCGUCUCGCUCUGGGGCUUAAAUCGAAGUGUUUAGCCUUACUUAGGGUCAUCAGGACAGAACGCCACCAUUUUUAGCCGUGAUUGUAUCUUUCAGGGUGCACUCGAACAAAUAAUAAAAAAACGCUGUCAUUUCAAAUGUAAGUGAUAUCUCUUGGGUGUCCAGUGAGGUUCGAGCCACGCCCAGAUUGGUCUCCUUUACGGAUAUAAUUAAAAUUUUCCAACGAGCAUCCCCGACCUUUUCAUAUGGGACUUCGUCUCGCACCAAUUUGUUCAAUAUAAUCUACAAAAUAUUCGUCCAGCAAUGCCUUUUUCUCGCCUACAUUUUCCUGUUGUGGUUUCAAUUUUAAGAAGAUUAAUUUCAUCAAAGUUUCCAAAAGUUGGUCAAAGUCGUUCCUGCUACAAACGUUUCGUUUUUCGCUUUCUUCUUAAAAAACACGUCAGGGUUAUAGAGCGUUUUCACUCAGGUGGCCAGCAUACAUGCAAAUUUAUUGGAACAAAAGAAAGUGUUUUCAUAAGAAAAGAGUUCAACUCCCACAGGAUUGGUUUGGUACGCCAACAUGGCCGCCGUUUCACUGUUUUAGAACACCAAUAUAGCUGCCGGGACGUCAUAUGAAAACUCUCCAUAUAAUUCGCUCUCUGAGCGUUUAUUGUCACUAGUGUUUCGCAGCAGCUGCAGUUUUGGGGAUCUCUCCCUCGUGCCCCUGAGCAUUACGGCAGAAUACCUCCUAAAAAAUAAUCGGAGCGCGCAUUAUAUCGGCUACAAACACCAGCCAUAUAAUGUAUAGCAAGAAUAUAAAUUCAUGGAUGUGAAAAUAUAACGGAAUAAAGAGGUGUGAAAAAGAGUCAAAAACGACAAAAAAAUUUGCUCCCCCCCCCCCC